GCGUAUUGAUGUAGUGGACGACAACAUCCCUGCUGCUGAGUUGCAAUGUUUGUCCAGUUAGCCUGUCAUGAUGCGACAAUAGUCGUUUGUGAAUAUACAGUUCGUUGAAAAUAUUCUUUCUUUGCUAUUAAGUUCUAUGAUUUACUAUGAAGCUAACACGGAAGCUGGUGCUCGCUAAGGCGAAGGCCUCCGACCUGGAGAGCGUAAAGAAACUGAACUGCUGGGGAUGCAACCUGACUGACAUUUCUAUCUUCUCUCAAAUGCCCAACAUUGAGGUGCUAACACUGAGUGUCAACAGCAUCUCGUCUCUGUCUCCUCUGGCUGGCUGUCUGUCUCUGACUGAGUUGUACCUGAGGAGGAACACCAUUCCUUCCCUCUCUGAGCUCUCUCACCUGCGUCCGCUGACUCGUCUCAGAGUCCUCUGGUUGGCUGAGAAUCCCUGUUGUGGAACUGACUCCAGCCAAUAUCGGCUCACUGUCCUACGAUGUCUGCCUCGCCUUCAGAAACUUGACAACCAAGUAGUGACAGAGGAUGAGAUCUCACUGGCUCUCAUGGAAGGCGAGGAGGUCACCACACCUCCAGGUAGCAAUCAGAACCAGCUUUCCUCCAACGGACUUCCAGACGCAGAGACAGAGAAUGACCCGCUGAAUUACAACAUGGAGGAGACAAACAAAAUCAGAGAAGAGUUGGGGAUGAAGCCUCUCUCUAGAGACAAAUUCUCCUCUCCUUCAUCUCCAUCAACCAGAGAAAACAAACUAUCAAUGAGAAAGUCACACACUCUUGAUGCAGUUCUGCUGCUGCUGAGGGAUUUGGAUGAAGAGGAGCUUCAUAUUGUGCACACAGCCACACAGAACAGACUCCAGACGUACACACUCGACUCAGAAACAUUCAAAGAUUCACAGCAGACGCAGAAAACCGCUGAAAUCCAGCACUGAUGUUUCCCAGCAUGCGCUCAGGGCCAACACCUCACUCCCCUUUACAUGUUUAACCCCAAACCUCAGUCUCCAUUCAUUCUGCUGUCUGUAACCAGCAUGAAGUGAUUUAACUCCACUAUCUCUUUUCCCUUUCUGGUCCAGUUUUCCAAUGUGGACGAAUACUGAAUCUAUCCCCUUGCUUUCUUGUUUUUUGUACUUUUUAAAUGGCUGCAUGCCUUUCUGCCUUGUAAGAACAAAAGAAUGUAUGUUUUGCUAAAUGUAAAUCUAUUUCUAUAAUUAAAGAGAAUAAGCAGCAAUAAAUUUA